AUGAGCGCUUUGUGUUCCUGCGGCGCGAGGACGUUGAGUGCGACGACGAAUGAGAAGAACGUCGCGUCGCAGAAAAAAGCGUCGCUUUUUGCUCGCACGAACAGUCAGCAUUUUCUAAAACAACAACAACAAAGAAGAAGAAGACAACGAAACGAUGCGUUCUGCGUUCGCGCGGAAAGUAGCGGAGAAGAAGAACGCGAUGAUCGUCAUCGGGUGGUCGCGACGACGACGACGGAGAGAGAAGGAGGCGCAUCGUCAUCUUCCGGAAGAAGAACGUCCUCCCAAACAACAUCAGACGACAACACGAAAAGAACAACGAUAAAGAAGAAGAAAAAAAACGAAAUCAUCCCUCUCUUUUGCCGUCUCGCCCCGGAUGCGAUAUCCAUCACAAACUUCCUCACGAAAUCAAAAGCUCUAAAAGUCGGCUUCGACGCCUUACGAGUCGCCGGAGUGCGAGGCGUACACGUGACCGUGUUCUGGGGGAUCGUGGAAAACGAACCGCAGGUGUACGAUUGGCAAGCGUACGAGGAGUUGUUUGCAAUUGUGGAUAAAGUGGGCGAGUUGGAAGUCUCCGUGGAGUUUGCGUUUCACGCGAGAGAGUGCGGCGGUAACGACGGGGACGGGUGCACCGCGAGCUUACCGGUUUGGGUGCACGAAAUUGCGAGCAGAGAAGGAAAAGAAGGGAACCCGGAGUUGUUUUACAUGGACCAAUCUGGUUUAAGAGAAAACGCGGUUAUAAGUUUGUUCGCCGAAGGCGACGAGAGUUUGUUACCGACCGGGGACGGGAAGACGUUUCGAUCGGCCAAUCAGUGCUACGAGGAGUUUAUGGCGAGUUUUGUGAACACGUUCGAAAAGUAUUUCGCGAACGGGACGAUUACGACGGCGACGAUUGGGGCCGGGCCGAACGGGGAGUUGAGGUACCCGGCGUUUCCGGAAGACGUGUGGGUGUUCCCGGGGGUCGGGAGUUUCCAAGUGAACGAUAAGUACGCGUUAAAAGCGUUGCAAGAGUACGCCAACGAGAGAAAUUGUAGCGAUUGGGGGAAAUCUGGACCGCACGAUGCCGGAGAAGUGAACGAUUUCGGCCCGGUUUCGCACUUUUUCCAAGACAACGGAUCGUGGAGGACGGAUUACGGACAAUUUUUUCUCACGUUUUACCACGACCAGUUGAUGAAACACGGGGAACGAAUGUUACAAAGCGCAAACAGAGCUAUUCGAGAGAAAUAUUCAGACGUAGCUCUCGAAAUGCGGUUACCGAACACGUACUGGUGGAACCACUGCGAGUCUAGGCCGGCGCAAGCGACGAGCGGGUACCCGCGGUUUACCGACCAGUCUCGCGACGCGUACGACGAAGCCAUGGCGAUGUUGUUCCGAAACAACGCGCACGCGAGCGUUCAAGGCGGUGAACUCGGAGACGAGCGGAUUGCAAACGAAAACACGACCAACGCGCAAGCUAAUCCGGAGAAAUCCGUGUCGUACGUCAAACAAGCCGCGUCGAGAAAACACGUGGAAUAUACCUUAGAAACCGAAGCCUUGGACGAUUUCUCGGACGAAAGCUUCCGACGCUUAUACGCGCACGGCAUGGGCGUGGACGCGGUGUGCGAAGCCAACUGCGAAUCGAUCUUCGCGGAAGAUUGUACCUUGGGCGAUUGCUCCAUCGCAAAGAGAACCGUCGUCGGCGUCAUCGGCUCGGAAAUGUUCGAGAAGGAAAACUGGAAACGGUUGUGCAUGUUCCAGCAAAGCAUGGCUGGUUUUAGCGCUUGGGAGUUGAACAAAAAAGACUUUCAGGAGGAGGAAGAACAACAACAAAACAGACAUCUCUUCGAGGAAUUAGAAGAUGAAGGAAAGGAGAGUGGUUUCGUUCUCGAGAGAGUCGAACAAUCGAACCGAACCGCCAGCCGAUAA